GGCACUGCGCCUGCGCACCCUCGCUCCGCCCCCGCCGUCAGCGCCGAGGGGCCGAAACCCUCGUGACUGGAACGCUCGUGGCGCAAGUUCCACCACCCCAUUUAGAAAAAUAGUGAUACCCACUCCCCUUCCAGGACGGGCCAGGGCGCUACCACUCUCCCGGGACCGAGGGGAGGCUCCUAUCCGGACGUGACAGCACCUUGACCCGGAACAGGAGGAAGCCGGGUCAGCGGGUCCUCGGCCGCGGCUAUGGAGGGAGCCGGUUACAGGGUGGUGUUUGAGAAGGGAGGCGUGUACCUGCACACCAGCGCCAAGAAGCACCAAGACCCGGACUCCCUCAUCGCUGGCGUCGUCCGUGUUGUGGAGAAGGACAACGACGUCCUUCUGCACUGGGCUCCGGUGGAGGAGGCUGGAGAUUCCACCCAGAUCCUCUUCUCCAAGAAGGAUGCCAGUGGAGGGGACUCCUGCACCUCAGAGGACGAGCCAACCUUUGACCCCGGCUAUGAACCCGACUGGGCUGUCAUCAGCACUGUGCAGCCACGGCCCCGCCGCUCAGAACCCACAAGGGGUGCGGAGCCCAGCUGCCCCCGGGACUCCUGGGCCUUCUGGGUGAGCCUGGGAGAGCUCAAGUCCAUCCGCCGGUCCAAGCCAGGCCUCAGCUGGGCCUACCUGGUCCUGGUGACCCAGGCCGGGGGCUCCCUGCCCGCCCUGCACUUCCACCGCGGGGGCACCCGCGCCCUGCUCCGUGUCCUCAGCCGCUACCUGCUGUUGGCCAGCUCCCCGCAGGACUCCCGCCUCUACCUCGUCUUCCCGCAUGACUCCUCCGCGCUCUCCAACUCCUUCCACCACCUCCAGCUCUUCGACCAGGACAGCUCCAACGUGGUGUCCCGCUUCCUCCAGGACCCCUACUCCACCACCUUCAACAGCUUCUCCCGCGUGACCAACUUCUUCCGGGGAGCCCUGCAGCCCCACCCGGAGGGGGCCUCCCGCGACCUUCACCCGGUCCCUGACGACGAGCCCGAGCCCGGGUUCGAGGUCAUUUCCUGUGUGGAGCUGGGGCCCCGGCCGGCCGUGGAGGGGGCGCCUCCAGCCACAGAGGAGGAGUGGGCCCGCCACGUGGGCCCCGAGGGCCGCCUGCAGCAGGUCCCCGAGCCCAGAGCCCGGAUCUUCUCAGGAGGUCUGAGCCCCAGCCUGAGGCGAGAGGCCUGGAAGUUCCUCCUGGGCUACCUCAGCUGGGACGGCUCCGCGGAGGAGCACAAGGCGCAUGUGCGCAAGAAGACGGACGAGUAUUUCCGGAUGAAGCUGCAGUGGAAGUCGGUGAGCCCGGAGCAGGAGCGGAGAAACUCGCUGCUGCACGGAUACCGCAGCCUCAUCGGUGGGUUGGGGGCUGGGAGCUGCGCCUCCCGGGAGCGGGGGGAGGGCAUCCGAGGGGGAUGGGGCCUUUUAUCCCUCUUCAUGAUUUACGAUGAUCACCACCCUCCUCCGCUGUCCCCUCUAGACUCCCAGGACUCCGGCUCUCUCUGCUUCUGCUUCCGGUGGCUGCUCAUCUGGUUCAAGAGGGAAUUCCCCUUCCCGGNNNCCCUCCGGCGCUCCCAGGUGCUGUGGACGGGGCUCCCGGGCCCAAACCUGCACCUGCUGGUGGCCUGCGCCAUCCUGGACAUGGAGCGGGACACCCUCAUGCUCUCAGGCUUCGGCUCCAAUGAGAUCCUCAAGCACAUCAAUGAGCUGACCAUGAAGCUGAGCGUGGAGGACGUACUGACGAGGGCCGAGGCCCUCUACCGGCAGCUGACCGCCUGCACAGUGAGUCCCCCACCUUCCCAACAGCCCCACUCCCCGCCCCUCAAACUUCUGACCUGGCUUCCCCUCCCCACCCUCCACCUGGAGAUCCUGCCCGAGGAGGAAGAGGACGGUGUGGGCGCCUGA